UUGUAUGGAACUUCCAGUGGUCGGACACAUAAUUCAGUGCACUUCCUCAGCAAUCGGUUGAAAGUAGCAGACUCAUUGUUGUACACUGACAGUAAACAUCCUCAAACAUGUUCCUGACAAGGUCCGAGUAUGAUAGGGGAGUAAACACCUUCUCUCCAGAGGGACGGUUGUUUCAAGUGGAGUAUGCUAUUGAGGCCAUCAAGUUGGGGUCCACAGCCAUUGGCAUCCAGACCUCAGAAGGAGUUUGUCUAGCGGUGGAGAAAAGGAUCACCUCUCCCCUGAUGGAGCCCAGCAGCAUUGAGAAGAUUGUUGAAAUUGAUACUCACAUAGGCUGUGCCAUGAGCGGUCUGAUUGCUGAUGCCAAAACACUUAUAGACAAAGCAAGAGUGGAAACGCAGAACCAUUGGUUCACUUACAAUGAAACCAUGACUACUGAGGCGGUGACGCAGGCCGUGUCCAACUUGGCACUGCAGUUUGGGGAAGAAGACGCUGACCCUGGAGCUAUGAGUCGCCCAUUUGGUGUGGCACUCCUUUUUGGAGGCAUGGAUGAGAAAGGACCCCAGCUAUACCACAUGGACCCAUCAGGCACUUUCGUUCAGUGUGAUGCAAGAGCCAUUGGCUCCGCGUCGGAGGGCGCCCAGAGCUCGCUGCAGGAGGUCUAUCAUAAGUCCAUGACAUUAAAAGAUGCCAUCAAGUCCUCCCUCACUAUCCUGAAACAAGUUAUGGAGGAGAAACUGAAUUCCACAAACAUUGAGCUCGCUACAAUUGAGCCUGGAAAGACCUUCCACAUGUACUCAAAAGAAGAGCUGGAAGAUGUCAUCAAGGACAUUUGACGGAUUGAAUGAUGCUACUGGCUCCACAUUGAGGUUUGCCUCAAUGGAUCAUUUUUCAGUUUCAUUUUAAGUCCAGUAAAACUGUAAGACAUGACAUCUUCUUAUGAAUGAACUGAUGUCAUCCAAUCCUUUUCUUGGAUAUGUUUAGUUGCAUCUCACAACACAUAUAAUUUUCUGGCCAUAAAUCAGUUGUAUGAAUUCUGUAUGACAAAAAAAACUGCUACUUGUAUUCCAUGCGCAGCUGGAUGGCCGAAUCUUGGGCCAAAUCCCCAGAUGCUCCGUCUUGUUUGGUCAUCUAAGGGCUUUUCUGCUUUUGUUAAAAUAAAUGGAUUUCAGAUCAAAA